AUGGAGGUGGCCCUCGGCUCGGCGACCUCGCUCCUCGGCAAGGUGUUGACGACGCUGUCCGACGACCUGGUUGCGACGUACGUGGACAGCCUCCAACUCGGCCACAAUUCGGAGCAGAUCAAGGACAAGCUACUGCACACGCAAGGCCUGCUUCACAACGCCCAGGCGAGCCAUGUCGGCCACAACCUUGGCCUCCAGGGCAUGCUGGAGAAGCUGAGCAGGGAAGCCGACCAGGCAGAGGACCUGCUGGAUGAGCUCCGCUACUUCCAGAUCCAUGACAAGCUCCACGGCACCUACUACGCCACCACCCAAGAGGCCGGCCAUCAAGCUCUCCACGCCCGAAGUGCUCUUCGCCACACCCUGGUCACCUUCCUCCACUGCUUUUCGUGCUUGCCUACACAAGAUGGUGGUGAUGAUGCUGCUGUUGCCGACGUUGGUGGCGAUGCUGCUGCUGCUGUUGCCGGCGUCACCAACUCCAACUCUGCUAGUGCUGACGAUGGUGAUACGCUGCAUUUCGACAGAGUGUCCGUCUCUAGAGACAUCAAGUCCCUGUUACAGGACAUGGGGACCCACUGUGAUUUGCUCUACAAAUUGCUCAGCAGUAUCCCAAGCAGCAGCACGGCAGUGCCAGUCGUCCUACAGCGGCCUCAGACCGCUUCCAUGAUUAUACAAGAUACAUUGUAUGGCAGGGGAGACAUUUUCGAGGAAACUGUCGAUCGCAUCACCAAUACCGAUGCCACACAGACUGUUUCUGUUCUUCCUAUAGUUGGUCCAGGGGGUAUUGGAAAGACAACCUUCACCACUCACCUGUACAAUCAUGCAAGGACUGAAGAGCACUUCCAAGUCAGGCUCUGGGUAUGUGUAUCCACUGAUUUCGAUGUGCUGAAGCUCACCAGAGAGAUCCUUGGCUGCAUACCUGCAACUGAAGAAGGAGGAAGCAGUACUGCUGCAAAUGAAACAACCAAUUUAGAUCAUCUUCAGAGAUCCAUUGUGGGCCGUCUCAAGUCCAAGAGGUUUCUAAUUAUCUUGGACGAUAUAUGGAAAUGUGACAGUCAAGAUCAGUGGAAAACCUUGUUAGCUCCCUUCACAAAGGGGGAAACCAAAGGUAGCAUGCUACUUGUCACAACUCGAUUCCCAAAGCUAGCAGACAUGCUGAAAACAGUUGAUCCACUAGAGCUGCGAGGUUUGGAGCCUAAUGACUUCUUCACAUUCUUUGAAGCAUGUAUAUUUGGUCAAGAAGACAAGCCUGAGCAUUACGAAGAUGAGUUUGCUGGUAUUGCACGAAAAAUUGCAAACAAGCUAAAGGGUUCCCCGCUAGCAGCCAAAACGGUCGGUAAGUUAUUGCGUAACCACCCUUCUCAGGAACAUUGGAAUGGAGUUCUUGAAAAGCAUCAGUGGCUAAAGGAGCAAAAGAAUGAUGAUAUCAUGCCAUCUUUAAAAAUUAGCUACGAUUGCCUCCCUUUUGAUCUGAAGAAAUGCUUUUCCUAUUGUGGCCUUUUCCCUGAAGAUCGUAUGUUUACUUCUUCAGAAAUCAAUCAUUUCUGGGUUGCACUAGGCAUCAUAGACUCUCAUCACCAAGCCAAUAGGAAUUACUUGGAAGAACUAGUGGACAAUGGCUUUCCCAUGAAGGAAUUCAUUUUGCGUGAUCGAUGCUACUAUGUAAUGCACGAUUUAAUGCAUGAGCUAUCUAAGAGUGUUUCGACACAAGAAUGCCUCAAUAUAAGUGGCUUAGAUUUCAGAGCUGAUGACAUCCCGCAAUCUGUUCGACACUUAUCUAUCAACGUAGAAGACAAAUAUGAUGCAAAUUUUGAGGAAGAAAUGUGUAAACUAAGGAAGAGGAUAGACAUAGCUAAUCUGCGGACUUUGAUGAUUUUUAGAGGAUAUAAAGAAGAAAGAAUCACCAAGAUUCUGAAAGAUAGCUUCAAGGAAAUAAAUGGUCUGCGUGUCCUAUUUAUAGCGGUGAAGUCUGCACAAUCUUUUCCAUAUAGGUUUUCCAAACUUAUCCACCUCCAGUACCUUAAAAUUACUUCAUCUUACAAUGACGAUGAAAUGAGGUUACCUAGUGCACUAUCAAGAUUUUAUCACUUAAAAUUCUUGGACUUAGAUCAUUGGGGUGGUCGUUCUGAUUUGCCUGAAGACUUUAGCCACCUUGAGAAUUUACAUGAUUUCCAUGGCAGAAGUGAACUCCACUCCAAUAUUCGCAAUGUCGGAAAGAUGAAGCAUCUGCAAGAGCUAAAAGAAUUCCAUGUUAAAAAGGAGAGCAUGGGAUUUGAACUGAUAGAACUUGGGGCGUUGACAGAACAAGAAUCAGGACUGGUUAUUCGUGGUCUUGAACACGUGGCAACCAAGGAGGAAGCUACUUCAGCCAAACUGAUGUUAAAAAGGAAUAUGAAGGAGCUGGAAUUACUCUGGGGCAGAGAUGGACCAACUGCAGAUGCUGAUAUUCUUGAUGGUCUUCAACCACACUCUGAUCUUAGAGUACUUACAAUUGCAAAUCAAGGUGGUACCGUUGGUCCUAGUUGGUUGUGUCUUGACAUCUUGUUAACAAGUUUAGAGACUCUCAUUCUAGAAGGCGUAUCUUGGAGCACCCUCCCACCUUUUGCGAAGCUACCAAAUCUCAAGCGACUCAGAUUGAAGAAAAUUUCUGGAAUGCAUCAGUUUGGGCUUCUAUGUGAUGGCGCUCCAGGGAAAUGUUCUAUGCGCUUGAAGACAGUUGAGUUUUAUGAGAUGCCAGAACUUGCUGAAUGGGCUGUGGAACCUAAUUGCCAUUCCUUUGCAAGUAUUGAAGAAAUCAUAUGCAUCGAUUGUCCCAAUCUCAGUGUGAUGCCCUUCUCGGAGGUAUGUUGCACCAAUUUGCGCAGACUUCAAGUUUCUAGGUGCCCCAAUAUGUCUCUGCCCUCCAUGCCUCACACCUCCACACUGACAGAUUUGGAUGUUAAAGGAGUUGGAACAUUUGAUUCACAAACGUUGUUGUCUUAUGAUGGAAAGAAAUUUAUAGUUAGAGGGUAUGGCGGUGCUUUGGCGUACCACAAUCUGGAUAAAGUAGAAGAUAUGGCUAUUGAAAAUGUAUCGCACAUAUCAUUGGCAGACAUUGAAAAGUUUAAAUCCCUAACAGAACUAACUGUCGGAAGAUGCAACGGUUUGUUCCAUGAAGAGCUGGAUGGUAGUAUCGUCUUCCAUUCAGUUAAGAGUCCCAGAUUACAUGUAUCUCAUCUUACCAGCAAAUCAUCAUCGUCAAAAGUGUUAAACUGUUUCCCAGCUCUUUCUGUGUUGGAGAUAAAUGGAGAUGAGGAGGAAUGUGUAAUGCAGUUGCCAUCAUCCAGCUCACUGCAGGAACUUACCUUCUCAAAGUGUGAGGGCUUGGUUCUUGUGCCUGUGGAGAAUGGAGGAGGAAUUCAGGAGGACAACUCAUUGCUCCAAUCGUUAAGAAUAUUCAGCAGUGGCAAAUUGUUCUGUCGGUGGCCCAUGGUAGAAUCAGAGACCAUUUGCCCUUUCCCUGCUUCCCUGAGGAAACUUCAUGUUCUCCUAGAGCCAAGCAUGAAGUCAAUGGCUCUGCUCUCAAACCUCACGUUUCUCACCAUUCUAAGGCUAGAGUACUGCAGUAAUUUAACAAUGGACGGAUUCAAUCCUCUCAUCGCAGUCAACCUCAUAGAACUGGAAGUGCGUACGUGCAACACCUUAGCAGCAGAUAUGCUCUCAGAGGUGGCCUCUCAGAGGGCCAAAUUAUUGCCUGCAGAUUACAUCUCUAGGUUGGAGAUGCUCACGGUGGAUGACAUCUCUGGAUUGCUUGUUGCUCCUAUUUGCAACCUCCUCCACCUCCUCCACACACUUGAAAUCGAAUAUGCUAAUUACUGGAUGCAAAGCUUCACGGAAGAGCAAGAGAUAGCACUGCAGCUCCUCACCUCCCUCCAGAAUCUAAGAUUUUCCUAUUGCGGGGGUCUGCAGUCCCUUCCUCAAGGGUUACAUCGCCUUUCUUCUCUGAAGGAGUUACGUGUCUUUGAAUGUCCAAGAAUCCGAUCGAUGCCCAAGGAGGGCCUCCCGGUUUCGCUGAGAAAACUAAAGAUGAAUUGUCGCAGCGCUGAGAUAGACGAGCAAAUUGAGAAAAUCAGAAGAACCAACCCAGAUUUAUCCGUCGAAGGUAACACUUAUCGGCUCCCUAUUUUUUUUGUUUAUUCGCCAUAUUUCUGCCUCAUCUAAACUUGUCAAAUCUUACAGACUAGCAGUUCCACUCCACCACUGUGGCAAUCUUUUGUACAUACAAGUUGUCAAACCUGCACAUUAAUCAGCAGGUGCGAGAUACAACCGACUCUUCAUUCUGCAACGCUAGCUGUGAACUCUUCAUUCUGCUACAUGAUCAAUACUUCUCUGCAAGUCAAAUCUGCAGGCUUCUGUUCCCUAUGUGAAAUAAAAAAGGGCGCGCGACAUCACCCACUCACUUGGUACCUAUCAAGAAGAAGACUUGAGUUGUAGCUGCAAGAACUGAGGCUGGAAUCAUGGAAUUAUCAGGCUUGUGCUCAUUUUUGGCAUGAAGCAGCAGGACUGAACAGUCCAGGCCAAUUUAACUGUUGGCGAAGAGGAGGAUGCUGCUUUGCAAAGGCAUAUCAUAUAUGUAGCAGAGAGGGUUGGCUGUCUUGUCAAUGGUACGGAUGUAAUCCAAUUCAAUCAGGUGGUGCAGAAUGGUAUGGAUGCAACCUUCCUACUAUUAUCAUGAAGUGAAAUUGAAUUGAGUUCACUCUACAGGAGAAGAGAGAAUGCUUUCCAAUCUGUUUAGCCUAAUACUGAAUAAUUCCUGUAGUACCGAAGCAAUGAGGAUUAUUAUUUGGCCAACCACCAAGUUUAAUUUAUGCUGGGGCAGAGUACCGAAGCUACUACUCACAGAAAAAAACACUAAUGUACCCAGCCAAUACAGGUUUAGGUUUCAUUGGCUGGCAUUGAUCCUUGACACUAAGUCCCGGCCGGUAAUGAAUUUCACAGCUGAUUCUGUAUCCAAACAAGCAAACAAACAGAAGUGAAGCACUUGUCUUGAUGUGCUGAAUGAAUAUCGACGCAGUGAUGGCUCACAGUGGGAUGUCCUUGGUUCCUCGAGGGCUUUGUGGAUGCGGGGUUAUGCUGCAGCAGCGUACAGAGCAGAGAAGAGCAUUCCAAGAUCCAACGGGUGCCAAGGUGCGAGGUGGUUAUUGGGAUUCAGCUUCAGCCGCGCACGACUUGAGAAUUUUUUGUUUCGCCAAUUUGUAGAAUUGUGUUCUUUUUUUCCAGUGUUCCAACCAUGAUUUUGUUCCGUGACCACAGACGAACUGAUCGAUGAUUCCAAUGUUGUUUGGUGUAACUGUCAUUCACUCUUAAUGUCUAAGAUUUGGCAGCUUGA